CUGGUUGCACUCGACAAAGGGGAUCUGGGUCCAACUUUGUUAAUUUCUUUUCUGAAUGGGUGUAUUUUUCUUUACCGUAGUCGCGUGAUCAAUUCUACUAGUUUACACAACACUUCUCAUAAAAAUUUUCCUUUUACUUUCACUCUUAUGGAUAUAAAUAAGAUGUCUCCACUUAAUUCUUUUAAUACUACACAACAAAUUCACCAACGCAGUGAUACCUGCGACUUUAAUAAAAUGCUAGAAGACAUCAACACCUCCUCAAUUUAUGAUAUAGAUGACUUUCUGACUCCGCUUGUUUGUAAUGUUAUGAGCGGAAUGUCCCAAAAUUUAACCAAUGGAUCUAUUUGGUAUUUACGUCUACCUGUUUAUGAUGAAACCAUUCAAAAAUAUAAAACGAUGCAAGGCCUCUUUGUUACUCUCACUUCUAACAAGCUGUUUAUGCAUGAACAUAAUAUGACACAACAAAUGUGUUCAUUUCAAAUGCCAACUCCUUUUUAUAAUUCAUUACCCCUUGUUAGUUGGCUGUCAUUAAAUAAUAAAAAUGAACUUCAAUUAAGCUUUAUUCAUUUCGAAAUUAGUACUAUGAAAGCUUUCACAUUCUCAUUAAUGGGUCAUUCGUUACUAGCGCAUGUAAAAUUAAAUAUCAAGCGCUGCGGAAGAAUUGCUUAUGAUAAAGUCACAAAACUUCUUGCUUGCUGCGAUGUUGGUUUUGAAGAAACCAUAUCCACUGACUUUUCUUCCAACUCAAUUUCACAAAAUGUCAACGUCUCAUCAUUAAAAAUUUUCUCCUUAGCACAAUUCGGUGAACAAUGGGUUCAAUGUUCUAAGGAAAACGUACCAGCACUUUUUCCUUGCAGUGAAUAUCAUUUAGCCCAGAAUGAGAGAUUCUGUUCAAUUACCUUCGCAUCCAUUCAACCAAAUGUUUCACUUAUAAUAGCAGGAACUUGUUUGUAUGUUGAUAAUAAUUCCCACUUUGUGUUAGGAAAUCUUUAUAUGUUCGACUGUCCUACCUUUGAAGCAAUUGUAUCGAAUAAAAUUGUACAACCAUUACUCGUGCGUAAAGUACAAUUGUUUCCAGGACCUAUUCUCUAUGUAGGAACUCUUUCACUUGUGAAUUCGUUUCCUUAUCUGGUUCAUACCGCUGGUCGUAAACUUUUUGUUAAUAAAAUGACUGACAAUGGUUUAACAAGUGGAUGUUUUUUUGAUUGUCCGUGGACCAUUCUAUCUGUAGCAACUGUCAAAUCGUAUCUUGCGGUUUCAGAUGGGAUUUCUGGACUUUAUUUUUUAAAAUUCCGUUCUCCUGUUUCUUUAUCACUACCAACACAAUCUCUUUCUCUUUUAGCUUCUUUUCCUGUACCGAUAUCUAAAAAAUACAUACUUCAAGGAAUUGCUGUAGAAUAUACAAGCCAACAGCAAGCUUUGUAUAUGAUCUCAUGCAACAGUGAAGGAACUCUUGAUGUUUUGCAGUAUUCCACUGAGCAACAACAUGCAACAUCUCUUCAACGUUCUCCUAAUCCUUUUGUCUUUAAAAGAGUGACGCCUCUUUUAGGGCGUGUGAUUUGUUCCCCCAUGUUACAUGGUCAAGGUCCUCUUGUUCGUUUUCAUCGUAUUGAGACGGUUCACCCACCUACCAUGAGUUGCAUAGCGCUCACACUUUAUGGAUGAUUUCCAUUCCAAAAAAAAUUCUUUCAUGCCAUUGCUGCUGUUACAAAUGGUUUUUUCUAAAGCGUUUUUUCUUACUAUAAUUUCUUCAAGUAAGCACCGAGUUUAAAAUUAUAAAU